UCAGUGCGGAUGAUGCAUGCAUCGAACGGCAUCCAUAUCUCUACGACGGUCGACGGCAUCCUAUCAAUUAUCAAUCUUCAGCCUAUAAAGUUCAGGGCUCAUUCAUCGUCUGCUAGGGAACAUAAAUUUUAACUGCUCAAAUAUGGCAUCACCGGAAUUCGCUGGAAAGUACAUACUCGCUGAAAGCAAAAAUUUUGAUGAAUUCAUGGGGGCUCUCGGAGUGAAUUAUUUUCUGCGAAAGAUUGGCAACAAAGUGACGCCAGAACUGACUAUUGAGAACAAGGAUGAUCAUUACAGCUUGACAUCUGUAUCAACAUUCAAGACCACAAAGCUUGAAUUUGACGUUGGCAAGGAGUUUGAAACCACCACCCCAGAUGGAAGAAAGGUCAAGUCAACAGUGACGUUGGAUGAUGGCAAGCUGAUACAGAAAGAAUCUACCAUUGGAGCAGAAGGAGAUGGCAAGGAUUGUACUUAUAUCAGGGAGCUAGAUGCAAACAAAGAUCUAAAAGUGACAUGCAUUUUGGGAAACAUUGAAUGUAUUCGUCUCUACAAGAGAAUGUAAAAAUCAGUGAAGAAUGGUGACAUACAUUCCUUUACACCAUAUCUCCUGAGGACUAUGUCUGCCCUAGCUUGGACAAUGGCUGCCUUUUGGUCUUCUACAGUAGCAAUUUAAUUGCCUCUUCAAAUGCUUCAUAAAACAAAUAAUUGAAAUCAGGAAUACUACAUGGAGAUAAUUCAUUCUUGCCAAUUCUGAUUUUUUUUAAAUUCCUGCCAGAUUAGAUGUACAUUACUUCAAAUGUGAAAAGUUGUGACUUUAUAUGCACAUGUAUAUUAUGUUUUGUGAGGACCUAAAUGGAGAUCACUCUUUUGAAAUUUUUACUUGUUAAUUUUUUUGCUAUUUACAUUGCAACUGACAUCUAAGAAAAUUGAAGAUGAUUAACAUUUAUUGAAAUAUUGUCUAACCUGGCCAUUUUUGUAAUUUUGUGUAAAACUUUCUGAGUUAUUAACGGAGUUAGUAUACUGUGCGUUUUUAUCAGGUAGACUUGAUUUUUAAUUGAUAUUCUGAAAUCUUUAAAUGACAAUCAUGAUCAAAGCACUAAAUAAGGAGAUGAGUUUAUGUUAUAUUGUUUGAGUUCAAAGUAAUAUUCACUGAUAGUCUGUUAGCAAUUUAUAUCAAAUGUCCUUGACAUUGUACUUGAGUCGGCUUAUUAUCAUGUUUGCUAAAUUUAGCAGACCUUUCUUGAUAAAUCUGACCUAUUUUGAAGUAUGCCACUGAUGCAAUUGAUUACUAAUUCAAACAUAACCAUGAAAUAGUAGUUGAUGAAAAUUGAUAAUGGGAUAAUCUAUAGAAGAAAAUAAACUUGGGUUCAUAUUUGUCACACUCAUGCGAUGGAAAAUGCAUAAUCGAGCAGGGAUUAUAACUAUUAAAAAAAACAGCAUUAAACAUUAGACAAUCUUACAGCUUGUUUUAAUAGUGGUUUAUGAGACACAGGUUGUUAAAAGAAAUUAGUUUGCUUUAGUUUUGAUUACUAAUUUAAUCAAUUAUGGCAAAUCAUUAAAAAUCUUCUACUUUUAAAAGUAGACCAGUGACUCAGUUGCAAAAGAAAAAGUGAAACUGGUUAGGAAUUAGACCAAGUGGCUGUAAAUCGAUGAAAAGAGAAGACAUUCCAAGUAGGCUUGAUUUGGGGGCCAGCACAGAAUUGAAGUUCAUGUAUUAUCAUUUUUUGAAAGUUUUCUGAAGAAAAUCUCAGAAAAAUCAUACAGAUUUUACUGAUUCAAACCCAUUUGCACAGCUAUUUGUGCAUUUAAGCAGUAUAAUCAGUGAUCUUCAUUUGAGUUUUCACAUUUGAUACUGUGGUUUAUCUGAUGACCCAUUGAUUGCAAAAUAAACACACUAGUAUCAUCUUUGUAUUGUAUUCCUUGUUUGUAGUCAAUGCUAAGGCUAAAAAAUUACCUUUCAAAGUGAGGACUUUGACUCGUUGAUAAUGAGAUCAGUUGAUAAUCAGUAAUUAAACAGGAAGAAGGCUGUUCGUUUGGGUCAAGUGUCAAUAAACUUUUUUGUAUUAAAGACUGUAACUCAUGUACGAGACAUGUAUUUAAGAUAACAAUUCGAAAAUUGUUUUCUAUUCAGUUGAUUUAGCAACAUUUGCUUUGUUUUUCUCUGCAAGAAUUAGUUUUUAUGUAAUAAUAAUAGGAUUUUUAUGGCACACACAUCCACCUUGUUAGGUGCUCAAGGCGCUCCUAUAUUACCCUGGCUAUUAAAGCUAGUCUACUGAUUUCAGUGCUCACAGCUUUCUGAGGAAUUAUUUCCUGCCGGUACCCAUUUACCUCACCUGGGUUGAGUGCAGCACAAUGUGGGUAGAUUUCUUGCCGAAGGAAAACACACCAUGGCUUGAAAUCGAACCCAUGUCCCUCAGAUUGGAAGACGAUAGUCUUAACCACUAGACCAUUACCUAAAUACAUCCGUUCAUAUACUUAAAUUCAUGUACAUGUACUUAUAAAUGAAUCAGUUAAACUUGCAACAUAUUGAAAUAAGUAGUGAUGAGUAUGCAAUUGACAAAAUAAGGGGGAGGGGUACCACACUUUGGGUAUUUCGGGAGAUUGCCCUCGUAUUCUGUAUGUAUGUAUUCGAUCAAAUUUGUGUUCUUUAGUGUGUAUAAUUUAUGGUAAACAUAUAUACAUGCAUAUUCAUGUAGUGUCUGUUGAAAUCCAUACAUGAGCAUUUGAAAGAGGUUUUAAUACACGGAGGUUGUAUUUUGUUCUAAAUUAAAUUCUGCCCAAUUGUCAAGUCAGAUACCUGCAAGUUAGGAUUCAUAUUGUAAUUGAAUCAAAUUUAGGUAUAUGGAUUAUGUAUUUUUCAUCUUUCCACCGGAUGGGGGGGGGGAUGGAGGGGGUCUAGCUCUGUCUUUACAGGUAAUUACCUUUAGGGAUUUCAUUUUUUUUUGUGCAAGCCUGUAUCUGCAUUUAAAGAUAAUUGGAAGUACAUGUAGUUGCAGUCAGUAACAAGUGUGUAAAACCAAGAUCAAUGUACCUGUAUCCUCAUCUAGAUCUACAUGUAGAUCUGUUACAGAUACAUAAACUGGACUUUGUGAAAUCCUAAUUAAGUAUGUGUGGUACUGGUACAGUGUAUUAUUACUUUGGAAAUACCUGUUAUUUGAUUCAUAUCCAAUGCUUAGUUUGCUAAAAAUUUCACAGCAGUUACAUGAUUUCUUCUAGAAAAAUAUUUCAUAUCCAGAACAUUUUUUUUUAUUUAUAAAUGCAAAAGACUCUUGGGUAGUCAUUGUACAAGGUAUUGUACGGACCUAUGUUGAAAUCGUUAGAACAACUGUUUAUCUUAUGGUUAUACAUGAACACAAAAUUAUAAUAGCUUAGCAUAUUUUAAAUGUGACAGGUACACUGUGUGUUUACCACAAUACACCUGCAUAGGUUAAGGAAAAUUCUGAGCACUCUUUGUGUUAAAGACAGUUCAAAGGUCUUUUUUUAUUAUUAUUUUAAAUGAUUCUGUAAAAUGAUGCGAAAAAGUAAGAAAUUUAUUUUCUCAGGGAGAUCAAAAUAUUCUACAUUUCCACUGUCUUAAUAAUAUUUAUGAUUGUAUCUUGUGAAAUGAUAUGUAUAAUUCAUUCCCAUUAGUUGGUGCUGCCAAAUACUAGCCAAACAACUGCAAUUAGCAAACAUAAAUGAGAAUUUGUGUAGAAAUACCAUUUUGAUAGCCAACAUACAUGUAGUUGCAAUAUUUAGUACAAAGUAAUUGUAAAUCUUUUAUACAAGUGAAAUCUUUGCAUUUUGUAUUUUAGAUGCAGUUUUAAUGUUUUUGUGAUGUGUAGAGUAUAUGGAGCUUUUGUUUUGCAUGAUUGAUUCUUCUAAUGUUCUAUUCUUAAAAUUGGUGAUUGAACUAUCUGUGCAUGUGUCAUGUGUCAACUCUGGUGUCCUGUAAUCCUUACGACUGUUUUCAUAGUGAAUCAUUGUGUUGAAAACAACAGCAUGACAUUAGAGGAUUGGUCACAUGAUACUUUUUUCAGUAUGUCUACCCUAGUAUUUCCUGUCCUGUGAUAAAACAAUUAUUUACAGAAAGGACAGACUAAUACCAGAUUAAAAAGAAAGGGUUACAAUUCUUGAUAGAAGCAUUCAUUCUCCAUACAAAAGCUCCUAUAACAUGAAGUAUGUUAUAAUCAUUUUGAAAAUGAUAGCCCAAUAUAAAAGCUUUGAAAAUAACCAAAAUGUAAGAUGAUUAUAAAGCUGAUGAUUUCAUAUUAGCCUCAAAAGUGCAUAAAGUAAGACUUAUUUUUUAGCAGCGUAGUUAUACUCUUUUCAGUCAUCUGACAUUCAUAGUUAGCAGAGUUCAUUAUUUGGCCAUGAAGCUCAAAUACUAGUAUUUGAGAAAGCAAUAGGGUUCAAAAUUAGUGUAAGACUUAUUUUUUAGCAGCGUAGUUAUACUCUUUUCAGUCAUCUGACAUUCAUAGUUAGCAUAGUUCAUUUUUUUGGCCAUGAAGCUCAAAUACUAGUAUUUGAGAAAGCAAUAGGGUUCAAAAUUAGUGGUUUAGAGAUUGAAGUCGAUACAACUAGUAUUAUAGUUGAAAGUUGCACAAGAAUACAUGUAGUUUGCAUUCCAUCCACUAGCUUAACCCACAGUGCUUCCAGCCAAUGGUUCUUGUGAAAAUUACCAAAAAUGAAAAAAAAGGCUUUGAUUUGUGUUUAAUCAUAUCUUUAAUAUUUGUUUUCCAAUAUAUUAUGCACUAUGUAUUAUGAUCAAAGUGUGUUUCUUGCCAAUGAAUAAACCAAUCUUGUCAAUUAUAUGUGAUUCAAUAUACCGCAAUGCACCUGUUGGAUCAAUUAUACAUGCAAUAAUUGUCCUUUUUAAUUUCCUGCUCGAAGUAUUAGUAUGGGUAUAACAAAAUCUUGUGCAGAUCAUUGGAUGUCAUUUUUAUUAGGACAAUGUUAGAAUAAAAGCAUUGAAAAUCCUGAA